AGCUCCCUCACUCGAUGUCUCUCUGCUAAAAGAAACUUUGGAGGACCAAAGAUGGUUCUCUACUCCUCGAUUUCAUCUCUUCGAUCUCUUUCUCGAUUCCCAUCAAUGGAUUUCGCCGAUAAAUCUGCCUUAUUUCGCCGACACACUACAACUUUUUCCGUCGUCACCUUCAGCAAAGAUAACCUCAGGCAAAGGCGUCGUGAAAUUCCCGCACAAAUUGCGUGUCGACAAUCCCGCUUCCUCUCCAUGGCCACCAAGAUCCACCACAAGUACUCCAACAUGCGCUCGUCUUCCACUACAGAGGCUCAGAGCAUAGAACCUGUUGCUUCCGGAGCGGUCAUUGUCAGAUUCCUGUUGCAUAGUCUCCGUUUUAUAGCGCUUGGUGCGCUUGCGGGUUUUGGUGUGCUUGUGAUAGCGUCUCAGAGAGCUGUUGCGUCGAAUUUGAGCGUGACGGGUGCUGAGGUAGGGUUUUCGGGGCAUGUACCGCUGGCGCUUAGAGGAGCGUGGCCGAAGUUUUUGCAGGUUCUUCAGGUUUUCAAGGACCAGGGAUUGAUUCUGGCAGCUUUGUUGGGUCUGUCAGCUUUCUUUUCAAUGGCGGAAACGUCGAUUACCACCUUAUGGCCGUGGAAGGUUCGUGAGCUGGCCGAUAAAGAACCUGAAAAUGGUGUUUUCCGGAUGCUUAGUAGUGAUGUUACACGUUUCCUGACUACCAUUCUUAUUGGAACCACGGUUGUCAAUAUUGGUGCAACGGCCCUUGCCACUGAAGCAGCAACAACAAUUUUUGGUGAAGCUGGAGUUAGUGCUGCUACAGCUGUUAUGACUGUUGCAAUUUUACUACUUACAGAAAUUACUCCGAAAAGUAUAGCUGUUCAUAAUGCUACUGAGGUUGCCAGAUUUGUUGUCAGGCCUGUUGCAUGGCUUUCCUUGGUCUUGUAUCCUGUUGGAAGAGUUGUUACUUUUCUAUCCAUGGGAAUGCUGAAGAUACUAGGAUUGAAAGGUAGAAGUGAACCGUAUGUCACCGAGGAUGAAUUGAAGCUGAUGUUGAGAGGUGCAGAGUUGAGCGGUGCUAUAGAAGAAGAGGAACAGGACAUGAUUGAAAAUGUGCUUGAGAUAAAAGAGACGUAUGUCCGGGAAGUGAUGACUCCCCUGGUGGAUGUAGUUGCAAUAGAUGCUAGUGCUACUCUAAUUGAUUUUAAAAAGUUAUGGGAGAGCCAUCAAUACUCCAGGGUGCCUGUAUUUGAGGAGCGUAUAGAUAAUAUUGUUGGAAUUGCAUAUGCUAUGGACAUGAUUGAAUAUGUUGAGCAGGUGGAGAAACUGAAAGAAUCUACUGUUAGAGAGAUUGCACACAUGCCAACCUACUUUGUGCCUGAUUCGAUGUCAGUAUGGAAUCUUUUGAGAGAGUUCCGGAUAAGAAAAGUUCACAUGGCUGUCGUGCUAAAUGAAUAUGGUGGAACCAUUGGAAUCGUGACUUUGGAAGAUGUUGUUGAAGAAAUUGUUGGUGAAAUUUUUGAUGAAAAUGAUUCUAAGGAGGAGAUCCAGAAGAAGACGGGUUAUAUUAUAAUGCAGGAGGAUGGAACAUUUGAUGUUGAUGCCAAUACAUCAAUUGAUCAGCUUUCUGAGGAAUUGAAUGUGAAAAUACCGGAGGGUCAUCAGUACGAGACAGUAUCUGGUUUUAUCUGUGAAUCAUUUGGAUAUAUACCGGAAGAAGGUCAGAAAACAUUCGUGGUGCUUGAAAAGGCAAAUUAUGAAGAUAAUGAUGAGUACAAUGAGUCGGAACCUGAUCAACCAGAUGAUAAGGAAAGAUGUCAAACAUUUGAAAUUGAGAUUUUAGAAGCUAGUGAGAGAAAGGUUGGAAAGGUGCAGUUCAAGCCAAUCAGAAAUGGGCAUACAGUUUCUGAGGCAAAGGUUUUGAAUCGGCUGGUUUCCACUAAAGUUGUGAAGAGGAAGAAGCAGAACGAUAGGGAAUCAGAUUCUGAUGAAACAGCCACAAGACAAGAUGAUAGGUACUCUCCUCAACUCUCAUUCCAAAUGGGGAGAGAAAACUCAUCUUCUGACACAAAAGGCUUUCAUGAGAGCAAUGAUUCACAAUAGCUACGGUGCAGCCCUCCGUCACUUCCUUUUCCUAUUGCAAAAUCUAAAUAGUAGUAAGAAAUGGAGUAAACUUGAAACUGCAGAAAACAAUUAGUUGGCGAGACGGUGCAGCACUGUGUCCAAUUCUUCCAAAAUAUUUGGUGUCUGCUCGCCCUAUCGUUGGACUGUAAAUCAUGGAGGUCUUUAUGGCCUGAAAUGCAUCUGGAAGCGCAGAUGACCAUCAUUAAUGAUAGCAACUCAGGGUGGAAGAACUACUUUGACUGAUCAGUAUCUCAACUGCUCUCUCUUCUCCCUCGACCUCAUCUCUUUUUUGUAUAAAUUGCACUUCAGUUGUCAUUUUUUUACUUUCCAUGAACACAGUAAUGUAUACGGUUAAUUAAUUUUUCUAUUUCUACAGGUUUGCUUCUCUGAGGGAAGGUUUUGUGUAUUUUGGCUUAUGCCGUAGGGGUUUCUGCCUUUAUUUAUUCAACCAUGCAGUGUUUUUUUUAACACAAAAUUUUACAUUAAAACUUUACAUAU